AUGCGAACCCCUGAACCGCCCGACCGCGAUGAACGCGAGGAUUCGCCACCGCGACUGUCGAGACCGAAGCGCACCACCAAACCACCGAAAAACUAUGCUCGAGAGCAAGAGAUCGACAACGAGCAGAGGAAGACGCGACCGCUACCAAAGAAGAGAAUCGAACCCGAAGACCAGCCUGACGUGGGAACUUCGGACGACUCCGCGACCGAGGGCGACGACCUCGAUGUCAGCAAUCUGGUGCAAGAGAUCGCCAAACUCAGGAGGGAGAUCAGACUCCGCGAUGAGAUACAUAAGGAAGAAUUACUAAAAGCCCAAGCAGAGUUUGGUGCGGCUCUCGCCGAGGUCCGACACGAGCUACAGAACCUGACUGAUAGACCCUUGACACCGCAAUGCCACUCUAAGGCAUGCUCUCAGAACAACCAUGAUGCGAUUCUCCGCGAGAUUCAAUCCUUGCGCGAAGAAAUCAGCGUCCCCGCUCCCACGAGUUCCCCAUCCUAUGCAGAUGUCGCGCGCACUCCUCCAACCAGCUACCCAAGCAACAUACGGACACUGUUAACGCUAGGCACGACACCGACCACCUUUACCGAAACUUUGUACUGUACGAUAGACACCUCGAAGAUGACCGAAAAUGAAAAUGAGAAGAUAUCCGCGGGCUCAAUCAGGGCCGCAAUCGAGAAAGAGAUCCGAACGAUGGAUGAUCACACCCACUGGCGCUGCCGCGCGGUCACCGUGAGUCCAAGAGACCCCAAUCGGAUCAGGAUUGCGUGUCGUGAUGAAGCCGAGCACCAGCUGGUCAAGAAAGUGGCGGAAGAAAAGAUCGGAACAGGAUCCCGGGUGCUCCGGGACGAGCUCUACCCGAUCAAGGUCGACGGCGUUAAGAGGGCUGCGGUGCUGGAUGACAACCAUGCCAUUCUGGCUGGAGCAACCGUAGCACUGAGUGAAGAAAACGAAAGUACAGUCGCCAAGAUGACGUGGCUUAGCAGCAAGGAAGCCGCGAAGCCAUAUGGCUCGAUGGUCGUGUACCUCACUAAAGGCUCCGACGCGCGGAGGCUCCUGGCCGACGGAUACUUCCACGUUGGAGGGGAAUCCGGGACAACCAGCGUCUUUGAAUAUCGGCCACGACCGAUGCAAUGUUAUAACUGCCAGGAGAUUGGUCACAAGGCAUUCCAAUGCCGCAAGACCCAGAAGUUCCAAAGUGUGUUCCAUGCGGUGGGCCACAUGAGUCGUUUAGCAAGAAUUGCCGGAAGCUCUACCCACCACGUCAUGAAUAAGACACUUCGAAUAAUCCAAUUGAAUGUGAGGAAGCAGGGUGCCGUGCAUGAAAGCUUAAUGAAUGACGAACAAACCAAGGACGCAGUGGCGUUAGCGAUUCAGGAACCCCAGGCGAGGAGGAUUCAGGGACGACUCUUGACCACCCCAAUGGGACAUCACAAAUGGACGAAGAUGGUACCCUCCACCUGGAGGGAAGGCAGACGGGCGAUCCGGAGCAUGCUUUGGGUCAACAAAGAUGUAGAAGCGGAGCAAGUGGCCAUUGAGUCCCCGGAUCUGACGGCAGCGGUCAUCCGACUACCCGAACGGCUGAUCUUUAUAGCAUCGGUCUACGUCGAAGGGGGAGACGCCACGGUGCUAGACGACGCAUGCGAUCACGUCAGAAAGGCAAUCUCAAAGGUGCGGCGAGACACGGGCGCCGUGGUGGACAUCAUGAUUAUGGGAGACUUCAACCGCCAUGACCAACUCUGGGGCGGAGACGAGGUGUCCUUGGGAAGACAAGGCGAAGCGGAUCCAAUCAUUGGCCUCAUGAGUGAAUUUGCUCUUAGUAGCUUGCUCAAACGAGGCACGAAAACAUGGCAUGGCGAAGGACAGUAUGGGGACUGCGAGUCCACAAUUGACCUCGUCCUGGCCUCCGACAAUUUGGCAGACCUGAUGACCAAAUGUGUAAUACACGGGACUGAGCACGGCUCGGAUCACCGGACGAUUGAGACGGUGUUCGAUGCACCGUGGUCAGCCCCGAAGCAUCAGGAACGACUUCUUCUGAAGAACGCGCCAUGGAAAGAGAUUAAUGCUAGAAUCGCGAGCACCCUGGCCACCACUCCGUUGGAAGGCACAGUGCAGCAGAAAACCGACCGACUGAUGUCCGCAGUCUCGGAUGCAGUGCAUACUUUAACUCCAAGAGCGAAACCAUCGCCACACGCGAAGCGGUGGUGGACAACCGACCUGACACAACUCCGUUACAUAUACACACACUGGCGCAAUCGCGCUCGCUCGGAGCGACGGGCGGGGCGAAAAAUACCUCAGCUCGAAAAGAUGGCCCAGGAUGCGGCAAAACAAUACCAUGACGCCAUCCGCAGGCAAAAGAAGAAGCACUGGAAUGAGUUUCUCGCAGACAACGACAAUAUCUGGAAAGCCGCUAAGUACCUGGAAUCGGGAGAAGACGCGGCAUUCGGGAAGCUACCACAACUCGUCAGAGCAGAUGGGACUACCACCGCUGACCAUAAGGAGCAAGCAGAAGAGCUGUUGUCCAAAUUCUUUCCCCCUCUACCGGACGUGAUUGAAGACGAAGGGACGAGACCACAGAGAGAGCCAGUGAGGAUGCCUACGGUUGGCAUGGAAGAGAUCGAAAGACAGCUUUUUGCUGCUAAAUCAUGGAAGGCACCGGGUGAAGACGGUCUACCGGCGAUAGUCUGGAAGAUGACAUGGCCGACUGUCAAGCACAGGGUUCUCGAUUUAUUCCAGGCGUCACUGGGAGAAGGCGCGUUACCGACGCAAUGGAGACACGCGAAGAUCAUACCGCUCAAGAAGCCGAAUAAAGAAAAUUACACCAUUGCAAAGGCAUGGAGGCCAAUCUCGCUCCUCGCGACGCUGGGUAAGAUACUGGAAUCGGUGGUUGCGGAAAGGAUCUCGCACGCUGUGGAGACACACGGCUUGCUCCCGACCAGCCACUUCGGCGCCCGAAAGCAGCGAUCCGCGGAGCAGGCGCUUGUGCUAUUGCAAGAGCAGAUCUACACCGCGUGGCGUGGCCGACGGGUGUUGAGUCUGAUCAGUUUCGAUGUGAAAGGUGCCUACAACGGAGUGUGCAAAGAACGACUGCUCCAGAGGAUGAAAGCGCGAGGCAUACCAGAUGACUUGCUCCGGUGGGUCGAGGCAUUCUGCUCAGAGCGAACGGCCACCAUCCAGAUCAACGGGCAGCUUUCUGAGGCCCGAAGAUUGCCCCAAGCUGGCCUGCCUCAGGGCUCACCCCUAUCUCCGAUCCUAUUCCUUUUCUUCAACGCAGACCUCGUGCAAAGACAGAUCGACAGCCAAGGAGGAGCGGUCGCUUUUGUGGAUGAUUUUACCGCAUGGGUGACCGGGCCAACCGCGCAGAGUAACCGGCAAGGAAUCGAGGCAAUUAUCAAUGAGGCGCUCGAUUGGGAAAGGAGAAGUGGAGCAACUUUUGAGGCGGAAAAGACAGCUAUCAUACACUUUGCUCCCAAGAUGCGUAAAUCGGACCAUGAGUCGUUUAUUAUCAAGGGACAGACGGUUGUACCCAAAAGCCACGUCAAGAUCCUGGGUGUCUUGAUGGACACGAGACUGAAAUACAAGGAACAUAUGGCGAGGGCCGCGUCUAAGGGCCUGGAGGCAGCGAUGGAGCUUCGGCGACUUCGCGGCCUUUCCCCAGCAACGGCGCGGCAGUUAUUUACAUCAACGGUGGCGCCAGUUGUGGACUACGCCUCCAAUGUCUGGAUGCACGCGUGUAAGGACAAAGCCAUGGGGCCGAUCAAUCGAGUCCAAAGAGUUGGAGCACAAGCCAUUGUGGGGACAUUCCUCACGGUCGCGACCAGCGUAGCGGAGGCGGAGGCCCACAUUGCCACCGCGCGGAACCGAUUCUGGAGACGGGCCGUGAAGAUGUGGACGGACAUGCAUACCCUUCCUAAAACAAACCCGCUCCGCAGAGGUACAGACCGGAUCAGAAAGUUCAGACGAUAUCAUCGCUCGCCGCUGUACCAAGUGGCAGAUGCGCUUAGGCACGUUGACAUGGAGAGACUGGAAACAAUUGACCCGUUCACGUUGGCCCCUUGGGACGAACGCAUACAGGCCAAUAUUGACGGACAAUAUGAACCUCAGACUGAAGCGGGCGGGUUGAUGCAGAUCGCGGUCAGCAGCUCGGCACGGAACGAGCUAGUGGGAUUUGGAGUCGCGAUCGAGAAACAGCCACCUCGAAAUCGAAAGUUGAAGCUCAAAACGUUUUCUAUCACAUUGGGCGCGAGGGCAGAGCAGAACCCGUUCUCUGCGGAGCUGGCAGCCAUGGCACAUGUGUUGAAAAUGAUAGUGGGAAUCAAGGACUACAGGAUUACGUUGCUCACAAGCAACAAAGCGGCGGUGCUCACGCUAAGGAACCCCCGACGACCGUCUGGCCAGGAGUUUGUUUGUCAGAUGUACAAGCUGAUGAGAAGGUCGCGGAGGAAUGGAAAUCGCAUCAUAUUCCACUGGAUCCCUACUACCGAGGACAACAAGCUGUUAGGUCUGGCUAAAGAACAGGCCAGAACUGCAACACAAGAAGAUGCUCUCCCACAAGAACACGUCUCGAGGAUGAAGUCCACAACAUUGAACAUCGCACGGUCCCAAGCAGUCCCCAGCAGUGAGCUACCAGUGAACAUAGGAAGACACGCAAAACGAGUAGAUGCCGCACUGCCAGGCAAACACACCCGGCAGCUGUAUGAUCGCCUAACGUGGAAAGAAGCGAGCGUACUGGCCCAACUCCGAACCGGCAUGGCUAGGCUCAAUGGGUAUCUCAAUCAGAUCAAUGUAGCAGAGACGGAUCAAUGCGAUUGCGGACAAGCAAGAGAGACCGUGGAGCACUUCCUCUUCCGAUGUCGGAAGUGGACUGUACACCGGACGGAACUGUUACAAUGCACGCAGACUCACCGAGGAAACAUAUCCUUCUUCCUGGGCGGAAGACAGCCUUCUGAUGAUCAACAGUGGACGCCAAACCUAGAGGCAGUACAGGCCUCCAUACGUUUCGCCAUUGCGACGGGCCGACUCGAGGCCACUUGA